AUGGUGGAAUGCAGAGGCAAUGCAAACGCAGCCGCAGCUCUUUAUAGGGAGAGAUACCCUAAUGCGCGCCACCCAGAUUAUCGCGUAUUUAUAAGAGUCCACAGUUGUUAUUCAGAAGGAAGAAUACCUGGUAGUGGUGUCGGAGGGUCUAGCGCUGGAAGAAUAGCUAAUCCUGAUAUCGAAGACAUGGUGCUUCAGGAAGUCGAGCAAGAUCCGUCGACUUCUAUACGAGCAGUAGCUCGACGCACGGGCAUUUCAACAUCUACGGUGCACAGUAUUUUAAAAAGGUACAAAUUUCACCCAUUCCACGUUACACGCGUGCAAACUCUCCAACCAAGAGACUUUCAUUCAAGAUUGCGUUUUUGCCGACAAAUGCUAGCAAAGAUAGAAGAAGACCCGCAGAUUUUUAAUAAAAUUCUGUGGAGCGAUGAAUCAACAGUCAAAAGAGAUGGGUAUUUGAAUCUGCACAAUCUACAUAGCUGGGAACUAACAAAUCCCCAUCUCGUGCGUGAAGACAGGGUCCAGGACAAGCAAAACAUCACAGUCCCAUCGUUACGAAGCCCAGACCCGGUUGCGUCACCACCACCUUUACUACCACCAAUACCAUCACCGGGAUUAGCCAGACCAGUAACACCAAAGUUCACACCAGCAGGAGCACCAGACAGACAUUUUCGUAUC